AUGUAGGGAUCAGCUCGUUCUUGGGGUACGAAGAGGACAAAUAAUCCAUGGCUCUUGCUCUAGCACGCCGCCUACUCAUGGUGCUGCUCCUCGCGGGCACCGGCGUCGCAGCGCCGCCACCGCCGCCGCAGGUCUCGCCUUCGGAGGCAACGGUGGGCGGCAUCACGGCCAUCUACAACUUCGGGGACUCCAUCUCGGACACGGGGAACCUCCUCCGGGAAGGCGACACCGGAAUACUGCGUUACACCACGGGCCUUCCCUACGGCGUCACCGUCGGCCGCCCCACCGGCCGUUGCUCCGACGGCUUCCUCAUGAUCGACUUCCUUGCUAAAGAUCUCGGCCUCCCGCUGCUGAACCCAUACCUCGACAGGAGAGCGGAUUUCACGCACGGCGUCAACUUCGCGGUCGCCGGAGCCACCGCGCUCAGCACGACGGCACUGGCCAACAGGGGGAUCACCGUCCCCCACACCAACAGCUCCCUUGGAGUCCAGCUCAGAUGGUUCAAGAAGUUCAUGAGCUCCACCACCUACUCCCCUCGAGAGAUACGGAAAAAACUAGCGAGUUCACUGGUGAUGCUGGGGGAGAUCGGCGGAAACGACUACAACUACGUCUUCCUACAGCCCCGGCGGACGAACGGUAGAUACGACCCGAUCAGCAAUGCCACCCGCAGCGCGGAGAGCUUGGCACACGCUCUCUCACUCGUACCCGAGGUCGUGCAAUCCAUAGCAGAUGCAGCCAAGGAGGUGCUGGACAUGGGCGCCACGAGAAUGGUCAUCCCGGGCAACUUCCCCAUCGGGUGCUUGCCGAGCUACCUGAGCGCGGCGACGGCAUCGAGCUCCACAUCGCCGCGCGACGGCGACGGCUGCCUUGUCUCCUUCAACGUCCUGGCGCGCGCGCACAACGAGCGCCUGCGCCGCGCCAUCGGGGAGCUGCGGCGGUCGUACCCGGACGCGAAGGUGGCCUACGCCGAUUACUUCGCCGCCUACCUCGAGAUCCUCGGCCACGCGCCGCGGCUCGGCUUCGAGGGCGGCGCGGCCCUGCGUAGGGCGUGCUGCGGCGCGGGCGGCAGGGAGUAUAACUUUGACAACAACAGGCUGUGCGGCGCGCCGGGGACGACGGUGUGCGCGGACCCAAGCAGGCGUCCCAACUGGGACGGCAUCCACCUCACGCAGCAUGGUUACCGCGUCAUGACCGAGCUGCUGUAUCGCCGAGGGCUCGCGUGCCCGGCUGCGGUGAAACUCCCGCGCCAGAAGCCUUGCCCGCCCGUCAGUUGAUGCGGGUCGUCACGUUUGUUGGCGUUUUGGGCCUCCGUCUGAUGUAACCACAUUUGGGCGAGCGAA